CUUGUGUUUGAGAGUAGACGUCGUUCCCCGAGCUUACGUCGUUUGUCAGUUUAGGCGCUAGCGUGUAUAUAUGUGUGUGCAAAGUUCGAAACCGGGCUGUACGAAUUUCGUUAAUGUGAACAUUUCGGUAAGUUCCUGGUUGACAACAAUGGAACUGUAUACGUUUUUCUACUGAAAAUGACUGGUGAUCCGGAUAUUUGUGAUAACACAGCUUCAGAGAGAGAGAUAAAGAAACAUUCUAAAGACAAUGACAGAUUUUUAGCCAGCGCAUAUUGUUUUCUUCAGUAAAGUUAUCUAGUCUGAAAACAAACAGAUGUAAUGACGAUGCUUAGCGAUGCAGUUUUAUCAGACUUCUACCCACCUCUGAGGUGUGGGUACAGAAACAUACUUCUUUUAUUACUGACGUUGCUUGCUCUGCAAUCUCUUGGACUGUCCAAUCGCGUGUCAUCAUCGGCAGAAAUCCAAGACUUUAGUUUAAUCUCGUAUCAAGAACUUCUACAGACCAACAUUAACAGAUUUAGUCAAGUUGGGGUCAAAAGAUUUUCGGAACUUCUGUUUGACGUUUCACGUUAUCAGCUGAUUGUCGGAGCUCGUGACUAUCUAUUUAGAUUCAGCCUUGAUAAACUAAAGAAAAUAGAAGAAGCCCACUUGCCUUCCUUAGAAUCAAGAAUUAGGGAAUGUCUGCUAAAGGGACAAUCUGUAGAAGACUGUCGAAAUUUUAUAAAAGUCCUUCUUUCCUAUAAUGACAAGAUAUUUGUGUGUGGAACUAAUGCAUUCUCUCCAGAAUGCUAUUGGAGAGAUAUACAGUCAUUAAGUUCUGUUUACGAAAAAGUUCCUGGAAUAGCCAAAUGUCCACAUAAUCCUAACGAUAAUAUAUCUGCAUUGCUCACUAUGGAUGGUGACUAUUAUAUAGCUUCAGCCCUCGACUUUUCUUCUCGAGAUUCAGCCAUUUAUCGUGCAAUGGGAAAAGUUCCUUACAUACGAACAGUCCAAUAUGAUGGUAAAUGGCUAAGUGAACCGAAUUUCGUUGCUUCCUAUGAAAUUGGAAGCUUUGUGUAUUUCUUCUUCAGAGAAUCGGCAGUUGAAUAUAUGAAUUGUGGCAAGAAAAUUUAUUCACGUGUUGGAAGAGUAUGCAAGAAUGACAGAGGAGGUCAAUUCAUGUUGAAAGAUAAUUGGACGACUUUCCUUAAAGCUCGGCUGAACUGUUCUGUUCCAGGAAAAUAUCCAUUCUAUUUUGACGAGCUCAAGAGCUUGCAUUAUGUGGAAAGCAAUAGACUAUUCUAUGGAAUCUUCACUACACCAGAAAUUGGCAUCUAUGGCUCAGCAGUUUGUGUCUUUAACUUAACCGACAUAGAGAGAGCAUUCGAAGGUCCUUUUAAGUAUCAAGAAACUCCCAAGUCCCAGUGGGAAAGACAUAAUGGACCUCACAAACAUUUUCGAUGUGAAACUCCUGGUAGUUCUCAACAUCUUGUUGAUGCUGAUCGUUUCAAGUUGAUGGAUGAUGCAGUACAAGCCAGCUAUUCCAGGCCUGUGUAUAUGGCUGAAUUUGAGAGGUUCAGUAAAGUUGUAGUUGAUGUAGUUCCAACGAAGUUCUCUGAAGGUAUCCAUGUUUUGUUUGUGGUCACUUUAGAAGGAAUAAUAAAGAAAUUGAUCCUGGUUCCCAAGACUAACCAGGCAUGUAUAAUAGAAGUGAUACAUGUGUUUCCUCCUAACAGCACAGAGCAGAUCAUAUCUAUGAAGCUUUUGACAGACACGAGUUCUCUCUACGUUGGAACUGAAACAGAGUUGAUGAGCAUACCCUUGCAUCGUUGUGAACGUUUCAAAGAUAAAAAUUCAUGCCUUAAUUCCAUGGAUCCGUACUGUGGUUGGAACAGGCAUGAGUUACAGUGCACCACUGCCCCUUAUCGUAGCCCUCACAGCAGUUUCUGGGAACAGUCUCCAACAGGUUGUCCAAACAAAGUUAUACCAGUUCAUGGUGGGUGGAGCCAGUGGUCUUCGUGGUUUCAGUGCGAACAGUCAGGCAAAGGACCUUCCAGUGAUUGGUGUCUAUGUCGAGACAGAACUUGCACCAAUCCUUCGCCUAAAAAUGGCGGUGAACAGUGCAGUGGACGUAAAAUACAAGUUUCAAAUUGCACACAAAAUGGUCAAUGGACAUUAUGGUCAGCAUGGUCAGCAUGUUCUCAGUCUUGUGGUUUAGCUCUGAAAACACGGCGUAGGUAUUGUGGCAAUCCUUCUCCUGCCCAUGGAGGAAGGAUAUGUCUUGGUCCUGAAAUGGAGGAUACCCACUGUUCAACAAACCCUCCUUGUCCAGGACCUUCGGUUCCCCCUGUUGACGGUAAAUGGUCCAAAUGGUCAGCAUGGAGUGAAUGUAAUGUUAAAUGUGGAGGUGGAUAUCAGGUUCGACAUCGAAAAUGCAACAACCCUUCUCCAAAAAAUGGUGGACUUGAGUGCAUUGGUUGUGCUACCCAGAAGCAGGAGUGUAACCUACAGAAAUGUGAUGAGAUAAGGAAAGUUAGCAGGUGGUCUCCUUGGUUGAGACUAAACAACACUAAAGAUGGUUACUUUGAGCAGAGAUUCAGGUUCAUCUGCCGUGCCAGUGUACUGUCUGAAGAUUUGAUUCGCAUUGGCCACAUGAAAACAGAAGAACGGUUCUGUCUCUAUGACACCCAAACUUGUUUCGACCCUGCAUAUAUCAACAAUGAUGGAGAUGUGGCAGCAUGGUUAGAAUGGUCAGAAUGGUCAUCUUGUAGUAGCUCUUGUGGAGGUGGAGUUCAGGUACGAGAACGAAAUUGUUCGACUCCGCAUCCUUUUCGAAGUGGUUUAAACUGCGAAGGUGAUCAACGUAUGGAAAGACCAUGUAAUGUCCAAGAUUGUAAAGAUGGAUGGAAGGAAUGGUCUGUUUGGUCACUGUGUGACCCAAAAAAUGAACAACACCGACAAAGAAGGUGUAACGGCAUAACACCACAGUCUGGACACUGCAUGGGUCGAACAAAAGAAACAAGACUUUGUAUCCCUGGGCAAUCAGGACUGCAGAUUUUGCAGGUGACACUAAAGGAUUCUGGGAUAUCAAAAGCCAAAGUUGUUGGUUUUUGCGUUGGAUCAUUCUUAACAGGUGUCUUUGCAGCAUUUAUUGUGACUUACCUAAUCAUGAGAAAAAGACAGUGCAAUGGAGAAAGAUUAUAUUCAAGGAAGAAUGAAAAUCGUAAUGUUUAUGUACCAUCAGAAAACUCUUCAAAUAGCAUGGAACCUGGUAGUUUACCAGAGAAAAUCUGUCUGCGGGAUUGUAGCGUUAAGAGAAAUUCAGGACUUAGGACACCUAUACACGCAGACCACAAUUUUUGAAAGGUUUAUAUUGUGUAGUUGUCUAAAUUGAUAAAAAAAAAGAACUUGAGUAGGAGUUUAGUUGCUGGAAGUUUUCUAAACCGGUAGCAGUAUGAAGAUGUAAUGCCGCUCCUGUCAGAAAGUACAAGAGAUGUUCAUGCAUAUGUUGAUAAUUUACUUAUGAUGACAGUAAGUUUUAUCAUGACACUGAAGCCUAAAUCAUUCAAAUGGGUAGCAUUAUAAUAAACCAAGUAGCCAUAUAAAGUACUUUUAGAACACUUUCAUCAGAUGUUUAAACUAAUUCACAGGUCAGGUGUCAGGUCUGGUUUCAAAAGCAAAUUCUUAUCUUCACUUGAUGCUAAUUUUCAACUUUUGUCUGUGAGUUAAAAGGAAAAAAUAUUGAAUUUUUGCAGUUGAAACUUCUUGCUAUCAAUGGUUAGUUCCCAAUAUGAGCUUAUAUGGUACCACUUUCUUUGUGUACAUCCAGAUACAAGUCCAGGUGUCAAGGCUCAUACGAUACCACUCUCUUUAGGUACAUGCAAGUCCAGGUGUCAAGACUUAUAUGGUACCAUUCAUUCUCCUUGGAUACAUUCAGAUGCAAGUCCAGGUGUCAAGGAUUAUAUGGUACCAUUAAUUCUCUUUCGGUACAUCCAGAUGCAAGUCGAGGUGGCAAGACUUAUAUGGUACCACUCUCUUUGUGUACAUUCAGAUGCAAGUCCAGGUGUCAAGACUUAUAUGGUACCACUCUCUUUGUGUACAUUCAGAUGCAAGUCCAGGUGUCAAGGCUUAUAUGGUACCAUUUUCUUUAGGUUUAUUUAGAUACCAGUCCAGUUGUCAAGGUAAAAUAUUGCCACAUAUGCAUGAAUGUUCUUAAUUAAAAGACCACUCAGAAAAUUAUCAAAUUGUUUUGACCACUAACAUUCUGUAGUAAUGACUUCCCCAACGUAAAAUAUAUUAUUUCUCACUUUAUUUCAUGCAGUCUAACCUCGAGUGAAAUAUUUGGUCUGUAAAGGAAAUUAUCUCCUAACAACCAAAUCUCAGCUAAUGUAAAUAAAUAUUCGUGCAAUUACUUUUUGAUCCAGCCGAAAUAAAAUUUGUUUAAAUAUUCAUAAAAACAAAAUAGUUGGUUGUAGAUAGACUAGUUGAGCUUUACUAUGCCAUUGGUUUUGUUCUAAUAGUGCUCUUACGGGUGAUUAAAAGAAACAGAAUUGCUACAGAUUUAUUGCAUUAAUUCACCUUAUAAUGUGGAGUUGGAAAUAAUUCUAAUACCCCCUUCCCCCCUGUAAAAGUGUCUGCAACAACCACAAAUUGCCACCAUCAGCUAUAGAGCUAUGCCAGAAAUGAGUACAAAAUUAUGGCUAAGUAUUUCAAACUAAGCACUUAAUGCUCGGGAAGAUAUAAGCAUUCAACACUCGUGAAGAUACAUAACACUGUCAAACAAUUAACAAGGUGCUCCUCAGAUUUACCCACAAAAUGCAAAAAAAAAACAAUUUCAUACACAAUAAAAAGAACAUAUUGGUUGAACAACAAUAGUGAAACAUUCGUUGUUGUGUAUAAGCAUCAAGGUAUUUUGUUGUUAAGAUCAAACAUAUUAUAAAAGGUAUAGCUUAUGAGGAUAGCUAAAAAGAGUUUGUUCUUUACACUUAUCUUGUAUCACCUCAAUAGGCUGAGGAAACAUUCAUGUAGCUUUACCCAGUAUUCGUUAUCAUGUGCAUUGUGUCCUCUUACUUCAUAUGAAAAUUUAAUAUAACCUCUUCUGACUUACUAUUAAAGUGUGCACACUUAUUCAAGAUAUAAAACCUGAAGAGUUGUUUGUAGCAAUAAUUAUAAUUUAAAUAAUGUAUACGAGCUACCCCUUUCCAAAUGGUGGCAGUUGUGAACUAGAUUUAAUCUGCCAAUAAAGUUAAAGAGAUAACCUUAUUUUACAUCGUACCUUGAUGGCAGUAUCUCGGGCAACCAUGACUGACUGAAUAUUUAUUACAUUUUAUAUAUAUACAGGCUUUGUGUUUUUAGAUACAAGAAAGCAACCAUUUUAUGUAGUUAUCAACACCAAUAACUCACUGUGUGUGUGGUCUCAUGGUGGUUAUCAGCAACCACCGUUCUUUCUGGUUUUUGUAUUUUAUUUUCUGCACAGGAUGUUGUGGCAUAGCUUCAGUCAGUGGACAACUUGAAUUUUUUUUUCUCAGUGGACUGCAAAGGGAUUUAUCACUAUACUGCCACUUCCUUUCUGUAAUUAUGCAAUCUUUCCGCGGACCACCUGAAGGGAGCCCUUGGACCACAGAUUGAGAAAUGCUGACUUAAGUGAAUUCCACUGUGACUGAUAACAGCUUUGCUUGUAAAAAUGUCAUGAAAGCCAAGGAAAGCAGUGCUCCAUUGAUUCAUGAACUAAAAUAACAAUAUCUUAUUUGUUUGUAGUGAUGAGUUACUAACCUAAGAUCAUUUUGAAAGAUUACCAACAUUGUGCCAAACUUUGAACUAAUUUAUGACUCUUUUUUUUUUUUAGAUUUGUGGUAAGGACUACUUGAAAUACAUGUUUAUCAUGUUCAUGUACGUACAUUGUUUUUUUAUUUGACUCUUACCAAUAAUUUUUCUCUCUUAAUACAGUAAAAUUAUUCAAUGUAUUUGUUAGAUUGGAUUGAUUUUGUAUUUUUAAUCCUCAGCUGACGGAGUUAUGUAGUGAAACUUUGGUUCCUUCUAACAAAGUAUUUUGUAAAUAAACUUGUAUAUUAGGAGUGCUCAUUCUGCGUUAUUAUUGUAAAUUAUUGUUGUUAUAAAAUACUUUAAAAAUGAAAAUUGUAUUUUUUAUCUAGGUGUAAUGAAAGUGUAAAACUAUUCAAUGAAAUCUUAUUUGCAAAAACCAGAAUAUGCUUAUUUUCAAACUUUGCUGAGUACGCUUCUGUCGUUUUGUAAAAUCAUGAAUAUCAGUCAAUUUCAGAUGUCAGAAUGUAUCAUAUCUUUUCAUUUUUGGAUUUGAAUAAACUGUUUUUUGUUGUUGUAAUUUUUUUUUGAAAACUGAAAGUUUCUGGUUAAAAUUAUCGUUAACAAUUAAAUAGUUAAUGUGUGAAUUAUACAUGUUGGUGUUCUUCAUUGAAACACCAUAUGAAAUAUGGUAACAUACAAUAUUAUCUUUGAACCAUUUUUUUAAGAUGACGGAAAACAAAUAUUUGCAUAAUACUUUGUAAAUGCAAGUCCAGAGUUCCAAAACAACUACUCAAU